GUUGCUCACAUUCCCAUCCCUGCUUUCCAAUAAAAAUUUUGUGUAUAUAUUUAUUUAUACACUUCAUACACUUCAUACACUUUGAUCUUUCUUUCAACAUUUUGAAUUAUUUCCUCAUUAUCUGAUUUUUUUAAUCAGAUUUUUAUGGUGUUGAAGGAAAAUGUCUUCCAUACAGAAUGUACUUUACAAUAAGUUUUAAUAAACUAUUUUGAAGGGAAAAAAUAAUGAUGGCAAACCUUGUGUUAUUUACGAUAAUCCAGUUACUGUGGAUUCUACCUAGUAACACCUUACUAGUAACUGGACCCAUGUUGCCACCGGUUAUUGAUGAGACAGCAACAUAUAAUCAUACUUAUAAAGAAUCUUUGAAUUCUACUUUAGAGUAUAUAUUUAUUUAUAAAUCAAAUAAUGAUACAUUAGAAGGAGCUCGUAUUACAGUUGAAAGUAAUGCAACGACUGAUUUCCCUUUAAUUGUUGUGGUUAAACAAAAAAAUGGAAUUUUAUCUUGGCAAUUGCCGCUUUUAAAUUAUAAAACUACUAGUCGCACUUUAUGCUCUUUAAAAACUAAUGCUACCAGUGAAGAAGAAUUCGUUACCGUCAGCCUUUCCACAUCAAGUCCAGACAAUGUAACAUUUUCGCUGACAAUGGCUUCCGUGUCUGAUUUUCGAAUCGGUGUUAAUGAAGAACGAAACAAUGUAACAGUCUCACCCUCAGAACCAAUAUACUACUUUUACGCUUCUGAUGAGAAGUUAGAAAAUAAAUCUGUCAUUGUGCAUAUUCAUUCCGACAGCGAUAUUUGCAUGACUUUUUCCAUUCAAAAUACAUCGUGUCCAGUGUUUGACCUAGAGAGAAAUAUUCAAUUUUCCGGAUUCUGGCAAACUGUUUCUAAACAAGGUGGAAUUACCGUUCCGAAUGAAGAAUAUCCAUAUGGUUUCUUUAUAGUUUUAGUAGUGAAGGGUGAUGAUCAAGAUUGCUCCGGAGUACCAGGUAUAAUUAGACCGAGGAAAAAAAUUAUUUCACUGAGGGUAAUGCCUAGCAUAUCAAAAUUAGAUUAUAUUGUUGCGUCUUUUAUUGCAAUGGGCGUGGGUGGUGCCUUUUUUCUUCUUUACGUAGGCUGUGCUAUUUUUUACAAAAUUAAAGAAGGCAGAGCGAUGCAAGUAGAAGAGUCACUAAACGAUCAGCAUGAAGAUUUAGUCAAUCAAUAUCUUCCAAGUCCCUCCAUCAUAGAAGAGAUAGGUCCGAAUCGAUGGGACGUUCAGGAGGAUUCCUCCCUCGAUGAGGAUGACAUUGAUUUAAUGGAAGACGCUCUCUCGGAUAAAGAAGUGGUGCGAACAAAACUUGUUCUCUCCGUCUGUGAUUUGGCUCGAAAGGAACCAAAGAUACUCAGACACAAAUCUCGUUUAUACAUUUAUUAUCUUAUUACAAUCGCAACUUUUUAUACGUUGCCAGUUGUUCAAUUAGUAAUAACCGAUCAAUACGUUUUACAUGUCACUGGAAAUCAAGAUCUUUGUUAUUACAAUUUUCUUUGCUCUCAUCCAUUGGGCUUUCUUUCUGAUUUCAAUCAUGUUUAUUCUAAUUUUGGAUAUGUGCUGCUCGGACUUUUAUUUAUUUUCUUAACAUACUCGAGGGAGAAAGCAAAUGAGGAUAUGACGAAAAAUAAAAGUUACGGAAUUCCACAACAUUAUGGACUGUUCUAUGCAAUGGGAAUUGCAUUAAUGAUGGAAGGCGUGCUGUCAGGAAGUUAUCACGUUUGUCCUAAUCACAGUAAUUUUCAGUUUGACACUAGUUUUAUGUACAUCAUAGCGGUUUUGUGCAUGGUGAAGAUCUACCAUAACAGACAUCCGGACAUAAACGCAAGAGCUCCAGUGACCUUUGGUGUUCUGGCUCUAACAAUAUUUUUAGGACUUGUUGGAGUUCUAGCUGGUUCACUGAUAUUCUGGAUAUUAUUUACAAUCAUUCAUUUAAUGGUUUGUUUAAUUCUCACUGCUCAGGUUUACUACAUGGGAAGAUGGAAACUUAACGGAGGAGUUUUUCGUCGAGUUCUAAUGACAAUGAAACAUGAUGCGAGAGCAGGUGUGAGGUACUUAAUCAAACCAGUUUAUCCCGCUCGUUUGACGAUUCUCGUACUGGCAAAUUUGGCUAAUAUUGGUCUCGCUAUUUUUGGUAACAUGCACCAUGAGAAAGAUUUUGCUACUUACUUACUUGCAGUGUUGAUGUCGAAUCUUAUUUUGUACACCUUCUUCUAUAUUGUUAUGAAGUUGUGCUACAAAGAAAGGAUUCUCAUUCAACCUUUAAUCUACAUUAUCCUCUCUUUCAUCACUUGGUCAGCUGCUCUGUAUUUCUUCAUAAACAAAACCAUAUCUUGGGCUCUCACCCCAGCUCAAUCUCGACAAUAUAAUAGACCGUGCAUUCUCUUCAACUUUUUCGACAAUCACGAUGUUUGGCACUUUUUAUCAGCAUUAGCAAUGUUUUUCUCGUUUAUGGUUUUACUGACCCUGGACGAUGACCUUGUAGAUGUUCAUCGUAGUCAAAUUCCCGUUUUCGAUAUUUCUUUACAAGAAACCCGAGUUAUUGUUGAAAGCAAUGCCACAUUUAAUUUUCCACUAACUGUCGUCGUCAAUCAAAAGACUCAAGUUCUUUCCUGGCAGAUUCCUUUCUCGAAAAAUUCGAAUUAUUCCAGCGCCAGUAGAACUUUGUGUUCCACAAAUAAUUCCAUAAAUAAUGGAGAAGCAAUCACGAUUACACUCUCAACAAUAAGUAAUUCUGCAAUUAGUUUUAAACUGAAAUUACUUACUGUUGAGGAACCACAUAUAAGAAUUGGUGAAGUGAAGAGUGACAUAAAAGUCACUCCCCCAGAACCAGUUUAUUACAGUUAUUCAUUUAAUGAAAACUCUGAAAGUAAAUCGGUUAUCGUACAUCUGGAAUCAGGCAGCGAAGUUUGCAUGAUUUUGUCCAUUCAAAACAAAUCAUGUCCUAUCUUAGAAGCUGAAAAUUUUAAGUACGCUAAUUACUGGCAGACAGUAAUGAGACAAGGUGCGAUAACUGUCUCUAAAGAUGAUUUUCCAGAUGGAUUUAUCAUAGUACUAAUUGUGAAAAAUGAUGAUUCGAUGUGUUUCGGAACUUUCGAUGAGAAGCCAAGCAAGAAUCUAUUAUCAAUGUCCGAACGUGCAAAAUUUGUCACACUUUCUAUCAAUCCAGGACAAAUUAAUGAUAAUUAUAUAUUUGCUUGCACUUUAUUUGUAAGUGCCAUUUUAGGUUUCGCAAUUGUUUAUGCUCUCAGUACCCUAUUCUACUAUAAAAACUGUAAAUACGCAAAAUAUACACUAAAUCAUGUAGAAGAUUGCGGAACUGAUUUAAAUGAUGAAGUAACAGAGAUCUGUUUGAGAGAAAACUCAGUUACAAAUAAAACAAGCAACAAAAAUCUUGUUGUUCAUGUUUGUGAUAUGGCUCAAGAAGAGCUUGUUGACCUCAAAGAAAGAUCUCAACUAUAUUUAUAUUAUCUAGUGACUGUAUCAGUAUUUUAUAUUCUACCGGUUCUACAAUUGGUUGCCACGAAACAAAUAAUUGUUCAAGAAAGUGGAAAUCAAGAUCUUUGUUACUACAAUUUUCUCUGUGCUCAACCAUUUAGAUUUUUGUCAUCUUUCAAUAAUGUCUUUUCUAAUUUUGGAUACACUUUAUUUGGAAUUUUGUUUAUUAUUAUCACGAGAUUUAGAGAAAAGUACAAUACUCUAAACAGACAGACCACGUUCGGAAUUCCACAACAUUAUGGAUUAUAUUAUGCGAUGGGUAUUGCUCUUAUAAUGCAAGGUGUACUUUCCGCAAGCUAUCACUUUUGUCCCAGUCGUAAUAAUUUUCAGUUUGAUACCAGUUUCAUGUAUAUAAUUGCUGUUAUUUGUUUAGUGAAACUUUUUCAAAUGCGACAUCCAGAUAUACUGCCAAAAGCACCAGUAACUUUCGCUGUUUUGGCUCUGACAAUAUUUAUGGGACUUGUUGGUGUUCUAGAUGGUUCACCACUUUUCUGGAUUGUUUUCACUAUCGUACAUUUAACUUUCUUUUUCUAUCUAAUUAUAGAAGUUUAUUCUGUAGGUAAAAGAAAAUUUAUCGGGGGACGUUAUAGAACAUUAAUUUUUACGUUAAAGCAGGAUGUUUCCAAAAUACGAGCAGAUCAUUUCACCUCUUCGGUGGUAAUAAAAUUUAUGUUCCUUUUACUUUCAGUUGUGACAAAUAUCGGUCUUGCUAUUUACAGCAACUUUUUUCAUAAUAAGAAUUUUGCGAUGUAUUUACUGAGCAUUUUGAUGAUGAAUCUCUUAUUAUAUUUAUGUUUCUACUGUUUUAUGAAGUUUUGUGAGAACGAAAAGAUCCUUGUCCAACCGUCAAUAUUUAUUAUUCUGUCAAUUUUAUUUUGGUUUGGCGCUUUUUAUUUCUAUUUAGAUCGAACAACUGCUUGGGCUCUUACCCCAGCGCAAUCUCGACAAUAUAAUAAACCGUGUAUUCUCUUCAACUUUUUCGACAAUCACGACGUUUGGCACUUUUUAUCGGCACUUGCAAUGUUCUUUUCUUUCAUGAUUUUAUUAACGAUCGACGAUGACCUACAAAAUGUUCCACGAAGUCAAAUUCUAGUCUUUUAAUUAUUAAAUU